AUGAAAUCACAAGAUGUACCUUUGGCUGAACAAACAAUAAAACAAGUUCUUGAAGAUAUUCAUCGUAAUGGAUUUGAUUCAAAACGAAUUGAAGCAGCUCUUCAUCAAACAGAAUUAGGAAAAAAACAUGUGG